UCAAUUUCUCUGUUUCCUUUUCCCUUUCCUUUCUUGACAUCACAUAAUCCAUGGCUGACACCGCUGCAGAAGUUCCCACAAGGAGGUCAAGGAGCAAAAGGGCUCUCAAGGACAAAAACUCGUCAACAAAUGAGUCCGCAAACACCAUCACCACCAAGGUCUCAGAAUUCACACCUCCAAUUUCUGAACAAGUGAUAGUGAAGGAGAACCUCGACACCUCCACCACCGUUUCUCAACCCAAGAAAGGAAGAGCUGCUUCAAAGAAACAAAGCACGAAGCAGCAGCAGCAGCAAUCUCCUUCUUCUUUUGAGAAAGAGUUGCUUGAGAUGCAGGAGAAGCUGCAGCAGCUGCACCUCGAGAAGGAGAAAACCGAGGAGCUCUUAAAAGCCAAGGAUGAGGCCCUCAAGCUCAAGGACCAAGAGCUUGAAAACCGAGGCAAGGAACAGGAGAAGCUCCAGACCGAGCUCAAGAAGCUCCAGAAGUUGAAGGAGUUCAAACCCACCAUGAACUUGCCUCUUCCGAAAGAUAAGGAACAAGACAAGAAGGACAAGAAGAAAAGGCCCUCUGCUCCUUACAUUCUGUGGUGCAAGGAUCAAUGGAAUGAGAUCAAGAAAACAAACUCAGAGGCAGAAUUCAAGGACAUCUCAAACAUGUUGGGGGCUAAAUGGAAGACAGUUAGCGCUGAAGAGAAGAAGCCGUACGAAGAGAAGUACAAUGCUGAAAAAGAAGCAUAUAUGGAGGUAAUGGCGAAGGAAAAGCGCGAGACGGAGGCACUGAAGCUGUUGGAAGAGGAUCAGAAGCAGAAGAUGGCGAUGGAGCUUCUUGAACAAUACAUGCAGUUCAGACAAGAAACAGAGAAAGAGACUACAAAGAAGAACAAGAAAGAGAAGGAUCCAUUGAAGCCAAAGCACCCAAUGUCAGCAUAUAUCCUUUUCACAAACGAUAGGCGUGCGGCUCUUGUUGCAGAGAACAAGAGCGUUGUGGAAGUUGCCAAGAUCACAGGGGAAGAGUGGAAGAACAUGACGGAGGAACAGAAGAGGCCUUACGAGGAGAUGGCGAAGAAGAAGAAGGAGCAGUAUGUUCAAGAAAUGGAAGCUUAUAAGCAGAGGAAACAUGAAGAGGCUGCAAAUCUCAUGAAGGAAGAGGAGGAGCACAUGAAGCUUCAGAAGCAGGAAGCGUUGCAGCUCCUCAAGAAGAAAGAGAAAACUGAAAUCCUCAUCAAGAAAACAAAGCAGAAGAAGAAGCAGAACAAGGAAGAUAAGAAUUCUGACCCAAACAGGCCUAAGAGGCCUCCAUCCUCAUUCCUCUUAUUCAGCAAGGAAGCAAGGAAAGCUUUACAUGAGGAACGUCCAGGAAUCAACAUUUCCACCCUUAAUGCACUCAUUUCAUUGAAGUGGAAGGAACUGAGCGAGGAAGAUAGACAAAUGUGGAAUGGGAAAGCAAGUGAAGCAAUGGAAGUGUACAAGAAGGAAUUGGAGGAAUACAACAAAACCAUUGCUACUUCAACUGAAGAAUGAUGUGGCCUUAAGAUUUGUUGAAAUGACAUGUUCAAGUUUGGAUUGAACAAGACUUGUGUUUAGGUUUCUUCUAGCUCUAGUAGUAUGUUAAGUAGUUCAAGUUGUCUAGAAUGGUUGAAAUGACGUGGUGUUUAUGAUGUGUACCGUCUCAGUAAGAAAAUGGAAUGCUUAUUCUCGGAUC